GAAACUGGCUCAGCGUACCAUACCCGGCAGUACUUAGCACGGCAAGGCGGAAGAGGUGGAGUUUGAGCCAAAAUGAGGGAAAAUAAGAACAUGUCCGAGUCCCCCUCUCAAGCGGGAAAAGAAAUACCGGCGAAAAAACAAAAACUAAGCAGUGACGAGAACAGUAACCCCGAUUUAUCAGGAGACGAGAAUGAUGAUGCUGUCAGUGUUGAGAGUGGGACCAACGCAGAGCGCCCCGACACACCCACCAACACUGCCAACGCUCCAGGCAGGAAGAGCUGGGGAAAGGGCAAGUGGAAGUCCAAGAAGUGCAGAUAUUCUUUUAAAUGUGUCAACAGUCUGAGGGAGGACCACGGACAGCCGCUGUUCGGAGUCCAGUUUAACUGGCACAGUAAGGAGGGAGACCCGCUGGUGUUUGCCACAGUCGGGAGUAACAGGGUAACUCUGUAUGAAUGUCACUCUCAGGGAGAAAUUAGACUCUUGCAGUCGUAUGUUGAUGCAGACGCAGAUGAGAACUUCUAUACAUGUGCCUGGACCUACGACACCAACACAAGCCAUCCAUUGCUGGCUGUAGCCGGGUCCCGUGGCAUCAUCCGAGUGAUCAACCACAUCACAAUGCAGUGUAUCAAGCAUUACGUAGGUCAUGGAAAUGCCAUCAAUGAGCUCAAGUUUCAUCCAAGGGAUCCAAAUCUUCUUCUGUCUGUCAGCAAAGAUCACGCCCUUCGUCUGUGGAACAUACAGACGGACACGUUGGUGGCGAUAUUUGGUGGAGUAGAAGGUCAUCGAGAUGAAGUCCUGAGUGCUGAUUUUGAUCUUCUGGGGGAAAAGAUUAUGUCAUGUGGGAUGGACCACUCCCUAAAACUGUGGCGAAUCAAUUCAGAGAGGAUGCAGAAAGCCAUUCGUGGGUCUUAUGAGUACAAUCCCUCCAAGACCAACAGGCCUUUUGUCUCACAGAAAAUUCACUUUCCCGACUUCUCAACACGAGACAUCCAUAGAAACUAUGUGGACUGUGUGCGGUGGCUCGGGGACCUUAUUCUUUCUAAGUCCUGUGAAAACGCGAUCGUCUGCUGGAAACCGGGAAAGAUGGAGGAUGACAUCGAUCACAUUAAACCCAAUGAAUCAAAUGUGACAAUCCUGGGCCGCUUUGAUUACAGCCAGUGUGACAUUUGGUACAUGCGAUUCUCCAUGGACUUCUGGCAGAAGAUGCUGGCUCUCGGUAACCAGGUGGGGAAGCUUUAUGUGUGGGACCUUGAAGUGGAAGACCCACACAAAGCAAAGUGCACCACGCUGACCCUCCCCAAAUGCACGUCUGCCAUCCGGCAAACCAGCUUCAGCCGCGACAGCAGCAUCUUGAUCGCCGUGUGUGACGACGCUUCAAUCUGGCGCUGGGACCGACAGCGCUGAAGACCUUUGUUGCCCCCCCACACCAACCUGUACAGAUCUACGCUGCAAGAAGUGUCCCCUUUGACCAUUUUAGUCCUGUGUGUGGUCUGCAAAUAUGUUGUAUAUGCCCUUAAAGAAGUGAGAAACUGUGCCAAGGUGAGAUGAUUCCUGUUGUUAUUCUGCUUGAUUGUUUUCAUUUCCUGUUUUGUCUGCCAGCAGGAUUUGGGAGGAAACAAUUUUGUGGAAGUUUGUUCCUAACAGAACAAUUCAAACAAACAAGAUUCUAUUCAGACGAACAGAAAGCUUUGUUCCAAAGUGUGAGUUUUGAAAGCAAUGGAAAACUAAUGAGAACGUGUUGGUGACAGGUGUUGGCAGAGGUUAAGUGCCUUCUCGCUCCCUAUGCAGACUCAUCCAUCAGAAGUUGUUAGAUCAAUCAGAUAUUUUUCUGCAGUUUCUUCGAUCAGUAGGGAUUGUGUCUCAGUCAGCUGGCACAUUUUUGUCACUUGUUUAAGCAAGAAAAUUACUAAAGACAGAUUUUUUUUUCAGUGUGCCACAUUUUAUCUUCAUGUGUUUUAUUGUCAUAGGCACACACAAAAGAUUUUUGUAUUAUUUUUUUUUUGUUAUUCCACCAUCUCUUACAUUCCUUUGCAUCUUUUGUUAAAGCCCCCCACCCUCCUACCUCCAUCACACAAACACACAAUACACCCAAUAAAAAGUAUUUUGUAAAUAUAAAUUCAAGAGUCAGUUUGUUUGAAGUCAUUUUAGCAGCUUUUUUCUUUUAUAUAGGUCUCUGAAAGUCGAAAACCUGCUCUUAUUUUGAAAACUGAGCCUCGAUUCCCUGUAACAAAAGUCUGCUGCUGGGAGUGCAGGGUGGGGAGUCUUCUGUCUUUUAUAGAGUGCUUGUACUUGAAUUUAUUUGGAAUUUAAUAAAACUUAUUUUUCUACA